AGAAUGCACGAAUUCUGUGACCCAGAUUGCCGUGUGACGUGACCAGGUGCAGGGUGGGACGCGUCAGUAAGAGAGCGUCCUCGGGAGAGAGGGAAGCGGUGCGUUGGCGUCGCGGAAGUCGUCCUGCAGCGCAAGGGAUGAGCGGAGGCCCUGCUUCCUGCCGCCACGUGCUGUCACGGGCGCCUCUGGGCCCGCACGAGGUGGUGGGCAGCACCGGCUCCGCGACGCAGUUUCGGACGGAGGUGCGUUGCUGCCGCCGGUGAUCCGGACGAGGCGGCAAACCAGCGGAGCUCCGGGACGGGGUCUCGUGCGAGGUGCGGGGGCAGCGCGUAGACCGGGGUGUGCAGGGCCUGCAGGAGGGAGCCACCAGCAGGGGUGCGGCGCGAGGGCCCCAGUGAACUCCCUGCCGCGAGGACAGCUUGUGCACGGGCCCUGGGGCGGGUGUCUGGGAGAAAGACGCCGGCCUGAUCACGGGAGCGGACAUGUGAGGAAAACUUGGCAACUCAAGAACCGUGUUGGGUUUCUUAUUUUUGAGGGUGAAGAGGGGAGGACUUUGCACACGUGGGGGCAACAGACAGACAGUGUUCUACGUGUGUGUACACAUCCUCUGUGAUUCCUUUGACUCUCAGACCCGCACAGAUUGAUUUUAUUCAGGGCGGUGUUAUUUGCCACAUUUUUACAAGUGAGACACGGAGGGGCUCCCAGCCCCCCAGGUCACUCAGCCCCUGGGUGGCACCGCCGAGAUUCAUUACCUGGUCAGCUGGCAGAGAUGGUGUCAUUCCGCCGCCUUCCGUGUCUCAGCCUUUCCCCCCCCUUUUCUCCUUUUCCUUUGGCUUUCUUGAUGUGCCUCGUUGGGUCCAAUCCGGAGGGAGGAGUCCAGAGGUUCUAAAGCCGUGGUGUCUUCCGUUUUGUGACUUGGGUCAAGGACGGGAAGGUUUUCCCCAUUUUAAUUUACCUGAGAACUGAAAGCAUCAGACUUUGCGGUUUGCCGCGUCCCGCCGUGUAAUUUUCACGCAGGAAUGGUGGCAGCACGCGGUGCUGAGCGAGCUCCGGGUCCGGGGUCGAGGAGCCGCGUGCUUCCGCGUCCCGGGCUCCGGGAGGGUCGCGAUCUCUACUCAGUGAUUCUAGUUUAUUGUGCCGAGUACAUCAACGAAGUAGCAGCAAUGAACUGGAGGUCAUUUUCAAAAUACCAGUAUUUCGAUUCACGGGGGAUGUUCAUUUCUCUAGUGUUUUCAGCACCGCUGCUGCUCAAUGCCAUGAUCAUUGUGAUUAUGUGGGUCCGAAAGACUUUGAAUGUAAUGACUGACCUGAAAACGUUACAGGAGAAGAGAAGAGGAAGGAAGAGAAAAGAAGAAUAACACUGGAACAGUUGUGUUGGUUUUCUUAUGGACGUUGUUUUCCUCUGUUGUUGUGUCAAGGGUUAAAGUGCGCAUCGGAGGCGUCCUUACUCGGCCACUCACGUUUGUGCAGAGGGUUCUUUUAUCGUGACAUCUGUGUUGUAGGACACACUUUAAAACUGGUUUUUAAAAUAAACACUAGUCUCCUGUUC